AUGGGCAGUGAUGACUCUUCGUUCUUUUUGUAUGGAGUCGGGGAGCGGCCCGAGGCACUGACCCUUGGUUCGCUUAUCCUGGAGAAAUACUGGCAGCCGAUGAUCGCUCGGCAUUAUACUCAUGAAUUACUAGACGAAAAGGGCCUGUUUGAGCAUGCAUACACCACGAAUGUAUCAAACGCCGUAUUCCGGGGCUACUCGCGUCUGUCCCCUUCCGUGGGCGUGGAGGCUGGCGAAAUCAUGAAUAUCGGCCUUGCAUACCACAAAGACCGUGAACGAAUCAUCGUUGCAGAGAAAGGAUCUAGAAUCACGUUAAAAGAUCCUGAAGCAUUCCUUACAGACAAUAUCCUCAAAACCCCGGCGGCACAGCAAAAGCUCAAGCUAUGGCUCUCAGCUGCACAUAGUGCCUAUCUGCUGAACUUCAAGUUCGCUCGUCGGCCCAAGGUAUGGCUUUUGACCGGUCUGUACCUUCUAGAAGGGACUAGGGCAAUAGUAUCGAAUGGCCAGAGUGCGGAUAUCUCAGCGGGUGUCUCGUCAGCCAUAAUCGGUGCUCUAUCAGGCGUACCUGUUGGUGGGUCAGUCAGUCUGGGCGUCGGUUCCACAUGGGAGAUGGCCAUGGAAGUAGCCGACCCACAUGUCUGGGCAGCUCAGUAUCGACUUGUCGACGCGCGCUUCAUCAAAAUAGGAAAAGAUGGUAUUGAUGGGGUUAAGCUGCCAGCAUCAAUGGGUCUAUAUCGCGACAUCUUGUCUGUGAAUACAGCCCGAGGUGCAGGCGAGAGGGAAGUCGAGCUUGGGCUCGAGACUGAGCCGGAUGGACCAGUGAUGGAUGAUCAGGAUGGCCAAGAAGAGGAGGGGUAUGAAAAGAGGCUAGAACAGGCAAUACAGAUGUUCGAAAAGGCGCCGAAGCACUUCUUGCUAUAA